AUGCCGGGGAAGGUUCUGAUUAAAAUUUAUCUUAAAUUUUUUUUAACGAUAAAUAAAACGAUAAUUUUCUUUAAGUGGAACUGUUUAUUAAAGUGAAAAAUAAGAAAAAGAGGAACUGAUAUCCAAACACCAAUCUGAAUAGUUUAUAGACGUCUUUGGAGUCCGAGUCGGAUUUGAAGUUUUGAGCGCUGUUUCUGCUGUAAACUGUAAGCAGGGACGUUCUAGACCAUUCGCUCGCAUCGAGGCCGUCUACUUCUUUUGGAAGAUUCUCCCUUUAUACCGAAGAGAUGUCGGCACAGAAUCUUUUGUGCUAUAAUAGCGGGUGCGGGAUGACUUUCGACCCCAAGGAGAACAAAGAAGAUUCUUGCAGAUACCACAGUGGAGUUCCAGUUUUCCAUGAUGCUUACAAAGGAUGGUCUUGUUGCAAGAAAAAAUGUACUGAUUUUACAGAAUUUCUCAAUAUAAAGGGCUGCUGCUUAUCUUAUCAUUCGAACGUGAAACCACCCGAACCUGAGAAACCACAGAAUGCCGUUAUAGAACAAGAAGUUAUUGAAGUUAAACCAAUAAUGGCGCAAAGAUUACCACGGCCACCUUUAGACACGCCAUUGGUGCAGAUUAAACCAACUGUUACAGAUUCGCUGAUUAAACAAUUAUCCUUGUUAACAUGUGAGAAGCAAAGCAGUGUACAAGUCGAUGACAAUGUUCUUCAGAUUGGGACCACUUGCAAAAACAAUUCUUGUAAAACGGUUUAUGAAGGGCCGCAUACGAAUGAGACUACAUGCACAUAUCAUUCAGGUGUGCCAAUAUUCCACGAAGGGCUUAAAUAUUGGACAUGCUGCAUGAAGAAGACAACUGAUUUUGAAACGUUCCUUUCCCAAGUUGGCUGUAAAACCGGGGAUCAUGUUUGGACACAAAAAAAGCUAAAAGCUGGUGACAUCAAGUGUCGGACAGAUUGGCACCAGACAGAAAAAUUUGUCUAUUUUACAAUUUUUGGAAAGAAAGCUGAUCCUGAUAAUUCUACAUUUGAAAUGAAUCCCAUUAGGAUUAAAUUCUCCCUGUUCUUCCCUGAACAGAGUGGUAGCUUUGAAAAAGACAUGGAGCUCAGUGGGAUAAUAGAUAUAGAAAAUAGCAAGGUAACAAUGUCACCAGCGAAAGUAGAAAUUCAAUUGAGGAAAAAAGAACCAGGCAGCUGGUCUAGAUUUGAAGCGAUCAAGUACGAAGAUUCUAACGAUACCAAAUUUAAAGAUUCUGAUAAGAAAGAAGAAACUUCACAGAUUGAAUCUGUCGAUUUAAGCUGUAUAUAAAUAAAUUACAAAACCAAGAUGUUUUACUUAA